AUGAUUCCGGACCACCUUUUCGAUGAAGGAAUUAAUAAUUCCUUAUUGCAAAAGGAUAUGGAAUGCGUAAAGAAACAUCGCGAUGUUUAUCAAAAGUCCCAAAAAGAUUACGAACGUGAACAACGUAAUAUGCUGUCGUCCCAGGACUCGGAUACUUGUGAGAUUCAUGAUCAGUUCUACCGCGAUCAUAAGCUAUUGCUGGUGCUGUUCAGAGCUCUUGCUGUUAUGCCAAUAACGCGCUCUCGACCAGGAACGAUAACAUUUAGCUGGAGGUCCAGAGCCACGGCCUACGCGAUUUGCUUUUAUAUUAUAGCCACAGUGGUUGUCCUGUUUGUUGGAUACGAAAGAGUGAUGAUAUUGAGGUCCAUUAGGAAGUUCGACGAUUAUAUAUACGCUGUGAUAUUUGUAGCAUUUCUGGUACCGCAUUUUUGGAUACCGUUUGUCGGUUGGGGGGUGGCGAACCAAGUUGCUAUUUAUAAGACCAGCUGGGGGAAAUUCCAAGUAAGAUAUUACCGCGUUACGGGAGAGAACCUUCAAUUCCCGAAUUUGAAGACAAGUAUUGUAAUAAUAAGUGUUGGAUGUCUGUUAUUAGCGGUUUGUUUUCUGCUGAGCCUUGUGGCAUUGUUGGAAGGAUUUCUAUUGCGACACACGGCGGCUUAUUUCCACAUUAUUACGAUGAUAAAUAUGAAUUGCGCACUUUGGUAUAUUAAUUGUAGGGGAAUUAAAACCGCUUCACAGAGUCUAUCGGAGUGUUUUCGACGGGAUGUGAACAUAGAAUGUACAGCGCACCUAAUAUCAAGCUAUCGUUUCUUAUGGCUGAAUUUGUCAGAGCUCCUACAAUCUCUUGGCAACGCUUACGCACGAACUUAUUCAACAUACUGCCUCUUUAUGUUUUUCAACAUAACAAUAGCGAUAUACGGUGCACUGUCAGAGAUUGUAGACCACGGAUUCGGUUUUACAUUCAAGGAAAUGGGAUUAUUCGUUGAUGCGGCUUAUUGCUCUACAUUGCUCUUCAUAUUCGCAGACUGCUCACAUAAAUCUACACUUAAGGUCGCAGCUGGUGUCCAGGACACUCUGUUGUCAAUUGACGUCUUGUCUGUGGAUAGACCUACACAAAAAGAGAUCGAUCACUUCAUUCAAGCUAUUGAGAUGAAUCCAGCCGUGGUGAGUUUGAAAGGAUACGCUGAUGUCAACCGGGAACUACUUACUUCGGCCGUCAGCAUGAUUGCCAUAUACUUGAUCGUGCUUCUACAGUUCAAGAUUUCGCUUCCGAAGGAGCCGCAGAUACAGUGA